AUGUAUAUAUGUAGAUACAUAUGUAUAUAUGUAGAUUCAUAUGUGUGUAUAUAUGCAUAUAUGUAUGUGUGCAUAUAUAUAUAUAUGUAUAUAUAUAUAUAUAUAUAUGGGACUCGUGUACCGCAACGGUUAGAGGAGCCCUGCAAUACACAUGAGACCGAUCCCAGCGCACCACGCUCACCAAGCCUUCCAAUCCUCCGGGGUCGGCAAGUUGGUAGCGGACUUGUCUGGCAGGAUGACAACACUGGCUCGAUACAUCAGUGGUUCACCGCGAGUCAUUUAAAGACCUUAUAUGUCUUCAAUCUCCUUUUACGAUGUUUAAUAAAGUUAAAUAAAGGCUUGCUUCCACGGAUGAUGGUGGUAUGGAUGAGCGAGAGUGUGCCGAACUGUCUUUUAAGCACUGCACAUGCGGGAAAACUUAUCCAAUUCACCAUCACUAAAGAUGUGCCAAAGUUUGCACCUUAUCUACGAACGAGCUGCUCUUUGCUGUCGAUUUGUAUUGGACGUUUCUUCUCGAAAUUAUCCAGAAAAUAUCCAAAUCAAUAUAACGACUUGCAUUUUCACACGUUCGAUUCGCCAACGGUGAGAAUGGAGACUGGUGAUGUAAAUGCUAGCGCCACUUUUGCGGUCGACUUCUACAUUCAUCCCAAGAAGCUCCAAUUUCUUGCAAUGUUCAAAGAGGUGUUCGCGAUGACCGCCCAUGUGAUGACGCAAGCAAUACUCCACAACGGGGUUCCCAUUCCCAUUUUUGAUAACAUCACCGUAUCAAGUAAGUUUCACUGGACAACACUCACAAUCUUAACCUUUUUAUUCACUGCCAUUUCUUUUAACGGCAGGAUAUGUUGCGAAAUAUAA